GCUGAACCUCAGCCUCGCUUUUGACAAGCCCAAUGCCGUGCCGUAGCUCUCCGGCGAGACAUUUUCCCCCUACAAACCUACCCAGGAACUUUCGAUGCUUCGGAGCUCAACGUACGCGAGCAGCAAUACCUCAUAAUCUUUCUAUAACACCAGGCGACAGCAACUACCGCGACGUACUCUUGCCACCCCGUCGUGGUCAGGUAUAAGACACCAUCCUCUGGCGACUAAUCUUUCUGCAUCGCAUACCUGACCACACCACGCUACGAACAGAUCCACCCAAGGACAAACGCCAUCUGUCUAAGGAAACAAGAUGGGCUUUACAACAGGCUUCCUCGGAGGCCUCACACUAACCUACUCCCUCCUCUACAUGUCAUUAUACGUCCACCGCGCGAACCGCAAUGUCCAGAAAACCCUCCUCUCACAACAAACCACGCUACUCAACUCCGUCGUCGAGCCCUUACCGCCUCUCCCAGACCCACCGGCCUACGAGGUUCGCAAGGCCGGACUAGUCGAGGAACUCAAGGACCACUGGAACAGCGAGGUGGAGCAUCUCGUCCGGAAAGUACAGACCACCGACUGGGACGAGCAGCGCGAGAUCUGGGAGGCGAGAAUAUCUGCUGCUUGGGCUAAACUACGCUCAACGGAGUCUGCGCACCAACUCGAGGCUAAAGCCAAAGAGGUUGAACAGCAGGUUGUGGAUGCUGCGAGAGACAGUACCCAGCGAGCUCUUGCCUCAGCGAAAGAGACGAGCCAAAAAGUGCAGGAUACUGUGAAGUCGGAGGCGGGGAAAGCUUCGGCAUUUGCCACCAGUAAGGCAAAAGAGGUCGGACAGAAGGUGAGAGAGAGUGUUGCUGAAGGAGCAGACAAGGCGAAAAACACCAUCGCUGAAAGCACGGAGAAGGCGAAAGCGACGACAAAAGACGUGGCGGACAAAGCAACGGGGAGAGAACCCAGGUUGUUGGAGUUGAAAUGAGAUGUUCCCGACUUUAUGUUACCUUGAUUGGGACUUGUUCUACCCUCGACUCGUCAGUCACAGUCUCUCGAACCUAGGACGGCAGCAGCACUCCCAAGAUGAGGUCUUACUAGCGAUCCCUCGUCCGGUGCAUUGCAUUAUCUCGGCCGUCUAAUACAUACGUUCGAGGGUUUCUGUGCGAGA